GUAAUUCAAUUAUUAGUAUCAGUAUCUCUAGAAACUUACUUCUACUUGUAUUGUGCUACUUAAAAACUAUAAGUGCAAAAUGAAAUUCGCUCUUUUCACAAUUGCCUGCUUGGCUUUGGUCAUCUGUGCCACUUCAAAAGACUUAAAUGUUGGAAAACGACAACCUGGUGAUGUUCUUGUUGCUUCAAGAAAACUUGUCAGAGCACCACAUCCUCUUUUCCCAUCCAUAGCUAUUUCUGGCUAUAAUGCUAAUGGAAACAUUACUCAUGUAAGUGGUGUCAAUGCUCCUGGAUCAAACGCCACUGUCUCAGUCAUCAAAGGUGGACCAGGAAACAGCUCUGUGGUAGUUUUGGCAUUAAGUCCUCGUGGUCAUGGAUUAAAUGUACAAUUGGACAUUUAUGCUAUUCUCAAAAAUGUCACAAAUGACUUUGAUGUCGAUGAUGAUUUGUUUUAAAUUAAUUAACAUUUCUGGACUUUGAAUAUGUAAA